GAGGAUCCCGCCCACCGGCCCCGCCGCCGCCGGCUCCGGGGCCGCCGCGCUGCGCGGGGCGCGGCCGCUCCGGCCCGGGGCGCGGGGCCGCUCCGCCGCCGGGGGCUGCACGGGCAGAUGUGCCAAGUCCAGCUGAAGCUGCUGUGGGUGUGAGGAAGGCAGUGGAGCACUGUGACUGCAGCACGGGGGGUUCUCCUCUGCCCCAUCACCAUGGGACUGCUCCUGCAGAGCCUCUUCUUCCUCCUCCUUCUGGGCUCCUGCCUUCAUCCAGCCGCUGCCUUCCCCAAGGGCUGUUACCCCUCAGAAGAGGAGGGGCUGAAGACCUUUCGCUGCAGCAAUGCUCAGCUGACUGAGGUCCCCAGAGACAUCCCCAAUGACACCAACAAGCUAUACCUGGACUCCAACCAAAUCCCCUUCCUGCCUCGCGAUGCCUUCCGGGACCUGCCACACCUGCUGGAGCUGGAUCUGUCGCACAACGCCAUCGCCAGAAUUGAAAGUGGGGCUUUCCAGGGCCUGGCAGAGCACCUGCACUCUCUGGACUUGUCUUCCAACAGGCUCGUGUCAGUCAGCAAAGACACCUUUAGCAACCUGAAAGCCAAGGUGAACCUGUCCAACAACCCGUGGCUGUGUGACUGUCGGCUGCAGGAGCUGAUCCGCGCAGUGGAGCUGGCGGCCGACUCCUCGGGGGGCAUCGUGUGCGACUCCUCCACACAGGAGGAGCACGUGGGCAAAGCCUUCCUGCAGGUCAUCGCCGACACGGACUUGUGCAACGCGUACAAGAAGACCACAGACAUCGCCAUGCUGGUCACCAUGUUCGGCUGGUUCGCCAUGGUGAUUUCCUACCUGGUCUACUACGUGCGGCAGAACCAGGAGGACGCCCGGCGGCACCUGGAGUACCUCAAGUCACUGCCCAGCAAGCAGCGGCGAUCGGAGGAGUCGUCCACCAUCAGCACUGUGGUGUGAGCACCAGGAUCCUGCAGGACAGCGUGGGCACGUGUGGAGCUGGGCACCGGCUGCUCCAGGGGCUCGCCAUGGCUGCAGAAGCUGUCACCAGCCACUGGCAUGGCACAGAGAUAAUCGUGGAUUUGUUCUGUUUUCCUGGCAGCAGCAGCCACGGCUGAUGAGUCCCUGGCUCUGGUGGCUGAGGUCAGGGAUGGAUAUCAGCCAUGAGCAUGGAGGAUCCACAGCAUCCUCCCAAGUUAUGGAGGACUGGAGCAAUCCGGAGCAUCCCCCUGGCAUGCGGCCAUUGCUCUGACUGACCCGGACAUUUGGACUUCAUCUGAAACAUUUUAUAUUUCCUUUGCAGAGAUCCCUUGGGGCAUGAAUGGAAUCGGUAUUUUCAUCUCUCCCCGGCUCCCCCUUGGCUGCCCCAGGGAUGGUCCCAGGGCAGCCUGGCCCGGCUCCCUGUUGGGAGGGCAGUGGGGAGGAGCAGUCCAGGUCCAAGGCCACUGCCCUGCCAGGUCACUGGCCCUCAGCCAGCGGGACCAAGAGGUGGGGCAGGGGGUGGGGACACCGGUAGGAGCCGCCCCAUCUUCCGUUCCAUCUCCCUGCCCCUUUCCCGGCACUCUCAGGCCGGGUGGGGCAAGGGGUAUAAGGGUCCCACUCACACAUGGGGUAGCUGAUGGGCAAACCCCUCGGAGUGUGGGGAACGAGAACCAAACGGGGAAAGAACUCGCUGGGGCAGAGCCCUUUGGGGCUGCCAGGGGAUGUGGGUGCUGAUGGAGGGACAGCCAGGAGUGCUGGCAGUGGGUACAGCCCCUGCUGGGAUGCUGGGGGAGCGGGUUCCCCUCGGUGCUGUCAGGGACCGUGUGGGAGGGUGUUUGCAGCACCCUCGGCCAUCUGCUCGUGUCACUGCCGGAGGGGAGCUCCCGCCUCACAAGCUGCUGACCAGUCACUGUGAUGGAAGCAGGAUGGAAGGAGCUGCCACGGCUCCUCUGUCCUGUCCCCACUCCCACAUUGCUGUCAGGAGUCUGAAUCUCCCCUAAAAUAUCCCAAAGUCCCUUCUUGAUGCUUCCAGUAUUGGGCUGCAGGUUCCUGGUGGCAGUGGUGGAGGUGAUGCUGAGCACAGGGCUGGCACAGGCAGGGGUCAGUGCCCACUUUUGGGCAUGCAGGAUCCAAGUGGCAACUCAGAGCAAAGCCAGAGCAGCCCCAGACUCUUCCACCUGCCUGUUUGGCCUCUGGGACAUCUGGUUUUGCUGGUUUUGGCCUUUUUUAAUACGAACCAACCAAUGCUACCUUGCCUUAAUUCACCAAGAGAACCAACCAAAGCUGCUGCACCUCCUCUGUACCGGGCCUGACCUGCCUUGUUGCCAGGCCCAGCCUCAGCCCGUGGUGUGGGCAGCUCCAGCCCCGGCUCCUGCCUGUGCCCCCAGUGCCGGUGGGAGCCGUGGGACUGAGCCAGCCAGGAGCAGGGCCCACACCCUUCCACAAGUGCCUAAUUCCAGCACAGAGCAGGAGCUCUGCAACGCACAAACACCUCAGCCCCAGUUCCCGUCCGGGCGUCCCUGCAGCCCCACAGCAGCUCCUUCCCCCUCUACAACCGGCUGAGGAGAAAAGGGGCUGGGGGGACCCGACUGAACCCCCCAGGCUGCUCCCCCAGGCCACUGCUUGUACCCGCAGCAUGGGGGAUGCCAGGACCACCCGGCCCAUCCAUGUUUGGGUUAAGGGACAUUUUAGAUCUUACUUUAUACAACAAUAAAGUUGGCUUUUACUUUGGA